GCACUUCCGGUGUGAUUUGUUGCGUUUCCGCUGUGCGUUUCCAAAAUGACCAAACUGGAGCUGCUGGGCGGCUUGCUGACGGAGCGACUGACGGCGCUGGUCAGGGACAUCCUGGACGUGGUCGAAGACACGGUCAGCGAGUACCGGGAAGAGACGGUCCGGGCCCGGCGGGAGAACGAGAGCCUGCGGAGGCAACUGCGGGACUUCCGGCUGGUGGAGGCCGGGCUUCAGUGUCCGAGAAGCAACAAGAUCUCCGAGCAGCAUGGCGACCGCCGGCCCACCCGUGCUCCACAACCCCAGCGAGCGCCACCAGCCGGCACAUCGGCGCAGGCGGCAUCCGGUGUCCUGCGAGUGGACGACGACUCUUUCAAAGCCUCUCUUACCGCGCCGCCCGCCGCCGUCCUCACGCUCCACGUGGACGUGCAGCGAGCGCCCCCCCCUCCUCCCAUCAAGACGGAGCAUGAGGAGUCCAAGGUGACAUCCGCGCCGCCGCACGACCUGGUCUCUGUGGAUGAGUCGCACGUCAGGGCACACGCGGAUGCUCAGUGGCCUGCGGGAGCCUCUCCUGACACAUCGGCGAGCACCAUCGUUUACGAGUGUCCUCGCUGCGGCGAGGCCUUCGACCGGGCCGCCGGGCUCCGCCUCCACCUGGAGCAGAAGCGCAAGACGUACGCCUGCGACUGGUGCUGCAAGUCCUUCGCGCAGUCGGCCGACCUGCGGCGACACCUGCGCACGCACACGGGCGAGCGGCCGCACCGCUGCUCCUUCUGCUCCAAGAGCUUCAGCCAGCAAGGAAACCUGCGGCGACACGUGCGCAUCCACACGGGCGAGCGGCCAUAUUGCUGCCCGCUCUGCCAGCGCACCUUCAGUGACGGCGACACGCUCAAGAAGCACAGGCGCACCCACCACCACACACGCCUCUCUGACACCUGACCUCCUCCCACACGACCCUGCGCCCCGUCAAGGCCACGCCGGACCUGACAGGAUGGCCUUGACCCCUGAGUCGACAGCCGUGACCCCUGAGUCGACAGCCGUGACCUCUGAGUCGACAGCCGUGACCCCUGAGUUGAUAAUUGUGACCCUAGAGGGG